AUGUGGCUGUACCUGGGGGCCCUGGUGGCUCUGUACCACCUUGUGCGCUGGUACCGGGAGAGGCAGGUGGUGAGCCAGCUGCAGGACAAGCACGUCUUCAUCACGGGCUGUGACUCGGGCUUCGGCAACCUGCUGGCCAGGCAGCUGGACCGGCGGGGCUUGAGGGUGCUGGCUGCGUGUCUGACCGAGACGGGGGCCGAGUCACUGAGAACACAGACUUCAGACAGGCUGGAGACGGUGAUCCUGGAUGUCACCAAGUCAGAGAGCAUCGCUGCGGCCACCCAGUGGGUGAAGGAGCGCACGGGAGACAGAGGUCUCUGGGGUCUGGUGAACAACGCUGGCAUCUCAGUGCCCACGGCUCCCAAUGAGUGGCUGACCAAAGAGGACUUCAUGAAGAUACUGGAUGUGAACCUGCUGGGGGUGAUCGACUUGACCCUGAACCUGCUGCCCCUGCUGAGGAAGGCCAGGGGCCGUGUGGUCAACGUCUCCAGCAUUGGAGGUCGGCUUGCCCUGAUAAGUGGUGGUUACUGCAUCUCCAAGUUUGGCCUUGAGGCCUUCUCUGACACGCUCAGGCGGGAGCUCUCCUUUUUUGGAGUUAAGGUGGCUGUGAUCGAGCCUGGUCACUUCAAAACCUUUAUGACCAAUUUAGAGAAUAUUUCUCAAGGCAUCCAGAAAGCUUGGGAGCAGGCCAGUGCAGAGGUCAAGGAUAUCUAUGGAGAAAAUUACUUGACAAGACUCAUAAAAAUGGGUAAAAUAAUGGAGACAUAUAAAAAUUCGAGUCUGUCCUUGGCAACGGACUGCAUGGAGCAUGCCUUGAUCUCCUGUCAUCCUCGUAUCCGAUACUCACCUGGCUGGGAUGCCAAAUUCAUCUUCAUCCCCCUGAGCUACAUGCCCAGCUUUGUGACAGAUUACUUGAUCAAACUGGCCACAUUAAGGCCUGCAAAGGCUCUCUGA